AUGUCAGAUCAUUCUCAUCAGUUUGGUCAUUCUAAAUUGAAUGAAGAUAAUAAUAAUCAACUGCAUACGCAUUCGGAUUAUAUAUUUGCACCACCACUUCGUGCCACGCAUCACCAACCACAACCACAACAACAACAACAACAACAACAACAACAACAACAGCCAUUAACAAAUCAUCAGCAUGCUCAAACUCACAUCUAUCAGCAUCUUCGACUGCAUUCGCAACUGCAUCUCGAACACCCAAGUGUUAUAUCUUCAACUAUCGACGGUAGUGGAGGAAGUAGUACAAUCACCCAAGACAGUUUAAAUGAAGAAAACAACCCCCCCAAUUAUGCCGCUCCCGGUUUAUCUACCACCAAUUUAACUCCGAAUUCUACUACACUUUCUACUCCGUUAACAACGGUAAAUCCAAAGAAAAGAGUUAGAGUUUCAAAAGCUUGCAAUUUCUGUAGAAAGAAAAAAAUCAAAUGUGAUGGUGGACAACCUUGCUUGAAUUGUCGGCAAUCCAAUAAUAAUGAUUGUUAUUAUUCAUCUGAUUCUGAAAGAAAAUUAAAAAGUCAAAAAUCUUUAACCAAUAGUACAAUAUCGGCAUCAUUAAAUGCGUCAUCCACAAAAAAUUCGUCAAAAAAUGAUAUUCGAUCGUUCCAAAACAUAGAUUCGAGAUUAAAUAAGAUAGAGAGUGUUUUGAUAGAUCUACUUGGAGAAAUAAAAUCUAAUAAAUAUGACAACAAUACUAUAGUUUCUAAAUCCAAUAGUCAUAAUAAUACAACAAACCGUUCAAUUAACGAAAUACAAGAAGAAAGUGAAGAUUUAGAUGAAGAAGAUACAAAUAAUAAUAAAGCAGCAAAUCCUGAAGCGAAAUCGAAUUUUUUUGGUAGUCAUUCUGUUGCUGAUAUAUUUUCGGAUAAAUCAAUUGAUUGGAUUUUUGGUUCGAUCGAUGAAAAUUUGAAUUCUGAAAUAAUCUCAAUUCAAACUAUUACAAAAAUAUUUGAGUUCUAUUCAUCAGCUUUUUUGGAUUCAAUUUGUCAACCAAUCAAAGUUGGUUUAAAGAAUAGAACAGACUUGUUGAGCAAUACAUUUGCAAAUUUUGAUAUACCAAAUGAAAUUUUAUCACGUUUUGACGAGGUAUUUAUGUUGAGUUAUGUUUGUGAUAAAAAGUAUGUUAAACAAUUAUUUGAUAGAUUCUUCAUAAUUAAGAAUAGUAAUAAUAAUAAUAAUGAAGAAAUAGAAAAAGACAAAAUUAAAAGUAACUUUUCGUGGAGCGAGUUAAUGAUAAUGAGUGUUUCAAUUGCAUUGUGUAUAUCUGCAAUAAUAGAUGAAAGAAAUGUUACUAAAAUGAAGAAAAAUAACGGUCCAAAUAAGAAUUCAAAAAUUUUGAAUUCAUUAACCGAUCAAGAAUUAAUUGAAUAUGAUUCAAAGCUUUUUUUUUCAAUGCUAUUUUAUUACAGUAGAUUAUGCAUGUACGGUGAAGGAAUUAGAACAGUUCAAGCAUUAGUUCUUUUUGUAAUUUACAUAGAAUGUGUUAUUUCAUCAGUUAAAACAAAUUUCAUUCCAAUUUCAGUGGCAAUAAGGUACUCAUUAGAAUUAGGUUUACACAGAAACGAAACUUAUGAAGGAUUGAGUUGGGAUGAACAACAUUUAAGAAAAAUAUUAUGGUGGUUUUGUGAGAAUUAUGAUAGUGAUUAUGCUUUUAGACAAGGAAAGCCGCUAAUUUUGAGAGAUGAUGAGGUAUCAAGUUAUUCAGAAAGUGAUGUUAUUACACGAGCUGUAAUUAGAUCUAAUGCAGAUUUAAUAAAAUCAUUAAUGAAUAAAGACUUAAUAUCCAAAAAGAAAGAUACUUUAUUGAUUAAUAACAUUAAUGAAACAAAAGCAAUCUACAGACGUAUCUCAUAUGUGAUGUUUUUUUUAGGUAAAAAUAGGAUCAAGUCUUAUGAGUUACUAUAUUCUGCAAAAACUUAUAAGGAGAAAUUAUCUGUACUAUUGAAUCAUCUUACAGUGUUGAACGAAGAUAUGAAAUGGAUCGGUGAGUUAAUAGAGGAGCCAUUAAUUGUCAGAUUUUACGAUGAUCCAAAGUUCAUAUUCAAACCCAAAAAUAGAGUCAUUAAGAUUAUAGAAAAUCUUGAAUUAGGUUAUGAAAAUAUUGUCUAUUUGAAUUUGAGUUUUUUUUUACAUUUAAUGACAAUUAAUAGAGUUGCUUUACAAGAUGUCAAACCAAUUGAAGAAAAUAAAUCAAUUAUUAUAAAAUGUGAAAAAUUUAAAUUAAUAUCGAUUAAUUGCGCAAGAACUAUAUUUCAAAUUGUUAAAGGAUUUGACACAAAAUUAAUGUAUUUUUCAAAUUUUAGUUAUUUUUUAUUUUAUCCUUUUCCUGCUUUUUUACAUUUGGGUGGAUUGAUUUUGGAAGAUGUUGACAACAGCAUAUAUUCUAAUGAUAUAAUAACUUUGAUCGAGGUUAGUAUGAAUUAUUUUAGUUAUAGAAAUUACACUCAUAAUAAGUCGGUAAAAAUUAAAAGAAAUUGUAUUAGACAAAUCCUUUAUGAUUUUAUAACUAGAAUUGUACUAAAAAUGUUAAUGAAAAAAUUGAAUCCUGAAACAUCGGCUAAAAUAUUUGCUAAAUUUAAAAACUUAAAAAAGCAUUUGGAUUUAUACUCGUCAUUUCCAGAGUUUUAUAAAAACCCUGAACAAUUGGGUAUUGAUAUAAAAGCUGCUACUGACGUGUUUAAAAAGUGGUUUAGGCCUUAUGAAAAUUUGAAUAACUCAAAAAAUGCUAUAAUGGAAAGAAAAAUUGAUUCAAUCUUAAAACAUGCUAUAUCUCAGUCAUUAUCGACACAAGUGAGGUCCCAAGAAUAUGAAGAUCAUGUAAACCAGGAGAAUUAUUAUCAACAACAUCAACAACAAACAUACAAUUCUGAAUUUGGAAUAACACUGGAAUCAUCUUCAUCAAAUUCUGCUGGUCCUCCAUUACAUAUAUUCAAAUCAAAUUCUCAGCAGCAAGGACAAUCAUCGUCUUCUUCUGUGUCGGCAGAUCCACAAGCUUACCAAUCAAAUUAUAAUCAAUCUCAGUCUCAUAAUGCUACUCCGCAACUAUCGAAUCAAAAGCUGCCACAAUCAGUAUCGUCAGAAUCAUCCAACAUAUCUAAUUUUCCGCCAAAAGGCUCGGCAAAUCUACAACAGGGUGAUUUUCCAAAUUUUCUGAUGUAUUGA